AUGGUGCUGGCUGGCUGGGUUCCAAUCAGCCAUUCUAAGGUUAUUUUUUCGUUGUCGAUCGCUUUCGGGAAUUUUUUGCUUGCUGUGUCUUCUUCGGGUAUUGCUCGGCCUGUCUCGGUUUCUCGGGAGGCUGUUGCAGUCAGGUGGUGUCCUCCUUCUUCUCCUUUUGUUAAGAUUAAUGUGGAUGCUAGUUGGUCUAAUUCUUCGCGGAUGGGUUUUGCGGGGGUGGUUGCUAGGCAGGAUGGUGGGCGGUUUAUGGCAGCGGUAAGGUCUUCUAUUUUGGCUCCUUCUUCUGUUGUGGCUGAGUCUUUUGCGAUUCUGCGUGGCUGUGAAUUGGGUGCCUCGUUGGGUUUCAGCUCUGUUAUCAUUGAAUCUGACUCUUUUCAGGCUAUUUCCUGUUUAAAUGGUUCUCUUGAAAAUGGCAGUUGGGAGGCUUUCCCCAUUUUGGCUAGAGCUCAAAGGGUGGGAUCGGCUUUCCAGAACUGUCGCUGGUCUUGGGUUCCAAGAUCAGCCAAUAUGGCAACGGAUGUUCUUGCGUCAGCUGGUCUUACGGAGAUGUGUGAUUUUGUGUGGGUUGACAGACCCCCAUCUUCGUUAGUUCAUGUAUUAUGUAAUGAUGGUCUUCCUUGUCCUCAUUAG